GAACGAGCCGCAUCCAACAGUGGACCUAACCAGCCUAUUCCUAAAUCCUAUUCAAUUUAAAGAAUUCAUCGUGGCCAAUCGUAAUUGAAACGCGCGCUUGGAUUAGUUCGUUUUACCACGAUUUUCUCCAAGUAGUCCGCAGAUUUCAGAAUGCCUCACGUUUCGGGGCCGAUCUUCGAGGCCCAUUCAUGGGCGGGUGGCCAAGGUGGUAAUCAGUUUGGUAACGUGACGGUGGUCGACAAGGUUCCACCGGAUAUGCUCCAUCUGAUCGACGCUCACUGGUACCAGUACCCACCCCUGAACCCGUUAUGGCACGCGAUUCUCGGCUUGGUGAUCGGUAUACUUGGUUUCAUCUCCGUAUCGGGAAACGGCAUGGUCGUUUACAUAUUCCUUUCGACAAAAAGUCUUCGCACGCCGAGCAAUCUAUUCGUAAUCAACCUUGCCAUCAGCGACUUCCUAAUGAUGUUCUGCAUGUCUCCGCCUAUGAUAAUCAAUUGUUAUUUCGAGACAUGGGUAUUCGGACCUCUUUUCUGUCAAAUCUACGCGAUGUUGGGCUCCUUGUUCGGAUGUAGCUCCAUAUGGACAAUGACAGCGAUCGCGUUCGAUAGGUACAACGUGAUCGUCAAAGGGUUAUCUGGUAGACCACUGACCAUUAACGGAGCUCUCCUCCGUUUACUGGGCAUAUGGCUCUUCUCGUUAAUAUGGACCGUUGCUCCUGUGCUAGGCUGGAAUCGAUACGUACCGGAAGGUAAUAUGACCGCCUGUGGCACCGAUUACUUCACCAAGGAUUUUAGCUCCAUCUCUUACAUAGUCAUGUACAGCAUAUGGGUGUACCUCUUGCCCCUGUUUCUUAUCAUUUGGAGUUAUUGGUUCAUCAUUCAGGCGGUCGCUACUCACGAGAAGAACAUGCGUGAGCAAGCGAAAAAGAUGAACGUCGCUUCUCUACGAUCGUCGGAGAAUCAAAACACCAGUGCCGAGUGUAAACUGGCAAAGGUCGCUCUUAUGACCAUCUCUUUAUGGUUCAUGGCAUGGACACCAUACUUGGUCAUCAAUUUCUCCGGAUGUUUCGAACUCGUUAAGAUCAGUCCGCUUUUCACCAUCUGGGGGUCUCUGUUCGCCAAAGCCAAUGCGGUUUACAAUCCAAUCGUAUACGGAAUCAGUCAUCCGAAGUAUCGAGCUGCAUUGUUUGAGAAAUUCCCUUCGUUGGCGUGCGCCAACCCGGCACCACCCGCAGACGCAACGUCGACAACCACCACCGUCGCGGACAGCGAAAAAGCAAACGCGUAAAACAGCUUGUCGGUACCUUUCGCUUUCAAAAUUAUUAUCACGCAUGGUCACAUAAUCGAUUAAAUACUUGAUUAAAUAAGAAUAAUGCAGACACGAUUUGUAUAUAUAUACUAACAUCGAUUGUCGUGUUCAGAGAUCUUCUUUUUAUCGUUAACCCAGAUAAGAUCGAUGAAAAAUUGAAAUAAUAAAAAUGAAAAUGUGUUCAGAAAUUAGAGACAACGCCGCCGCCUGACAACCAGAUCUAAUUCAAUGAAGAAGAAAAUAAAAUGCCUAAAUACAUAUACGGAAUUGCUGGAUUACGCGGUAUUAAAUCAGCAAAUAUUCGAAUCGCCUAUGAUUUAAUGUAUGAUUCUCAUUUCACCACAAUGCGAGUCAUUUAACAUCAAUUCAUAGGUAAGAUGAUUUUGAUUUUGUACAUUUUAUUGCGUAGCAAUAUACAUGGUCACUUUGGUAUAGCAGGUACAUAUGUACCAACAGCUCUGUGUUUACUAAGCAUAUUCUAUUAUUGUAAAAUGUGAUGGGAGCGUCGUAUCUGUACCUUAAUUUUAUAAAAGCAAAAUAAAUCAUGCAAGUAACA